UUGACACAUGAAGUUUGCUGAAUUUCGAAGCACACAGAUGCGAACCCGCUGCCUCCCGAAAUGAACAAGAUCAUCCAGGACAAGUUUAUUCCGCAGCAAUUGUUGUACUUUAUUGCCGGCCGGCGCUGCUGCCAGCAAUUUCCGUGCACAUUCCGGACCAGCGAGCACAAAGCGUUCGUGAAUUGCGCGCGCUCCUUGGGCCUCCGAUCGCAGAUUGUGCAGGUCAAUGGCAACGGGUGCGUGAAGAUCUACAAGCAGGCAUGUCGCCACUACCUGGAGGAGCCCAAGAUGCUGACCAUGUCGUCGGGCGCCACGCUGAGCAUGUUCGGCCUGCUGGGCAAGAAGUCCUUAAUGUGCAGAGAGGAGUUGGAGCUCAGCGGCGACAUGAACACGAAAAAACCCAGUGCCACGGACAUGCCAUCACUGCAGCUACCCCUGUUCCCCAUCCGUCCGCCGAAUCUGGGCAGCUGGACGGAGACGCAGCGCCAAUUCCUUGCCAGCUUUCCGGGUCACCAGAUGCGCGGCGAGAUUAUGCAACCCCUCUACGCCCACCGGGUGAUCGUCUUCAAUGCGGACCUCUCCUGGGACAAGUCCGUGUUCCUGCCCCUGCUCAUCCUGGACGACUGCCAGACCAAGAAGUCCAAUGCCAAGAUCAUCUGCAUCGAGCGGCAAGCCAUUGUGGCCCUCUACAACAGCCAGCGUAUGGCGAACUUCUUUGGCGAGCAACUGGGCGAUACUGUGGGCCUCCAGCUGCCGCACUUCAGCAACAUCGGCUCCACCACCUUCGUCGUCUUCUCGACGGCCGAAUAUUUUCUCCGCUCCCUGGCCAGCCAGAAGUUGAGCAACAUAAGUCACCUCGUGGUGAACGAUGUGCAUCUGCAUGAUCCCCAUACCGAUAUCCUGCUCAGCGAGAUUCGCGACGCCUUGAACAGCAGUCCAAACCUGAGGGUGGUGCUGCUGUCGCAGAUGGCCGACACCAAGAAGUUCAUCGACUUCUUUGGCGAGGGCUCGGAGCUGAAUGUGAUGCACCAGGAGCAUCAGCAGCAUCAGCAGCCGGAGGCGAGGCCACGCAUCUCCUACCUGAACGAACUGCACAGCUGCAUUGCCCUGGCCGGGAUCCACAAGGGGCCAGACGUCUACAAGGAGCUCCCGGAUGCAUUCCGCACCCAGAGCCAGCGCAACGAUCAGAUCGACAAGUGCCUGCAGGCCUACGCCGAGAUGGGCACGGAUGCGGCCAUACGUCCGUUUCUGUAUGCAGUCAACUAUGACCUGGUGCCGGUCAACUACAGGCACUCGAUGAACGGCAGGACGGCCGUGCACAUUGCCGCCGAGCUGAACAACGACACCCAUCUCCGCCUGCUGCUCUUCAUGGGCGCCGAUCCCUAUAUCCUAGACAUGAAUCACCAAAACGCCAUCUCACUGGCGGCCAUGAAUGGCAAUCACAUGUGCAUCGACAUCCUCAACCACUACAGUCUGCAUGGCUAUGUGGUGAAGAGCGCCAAGCCGGAUUUCGUGGACUACGAUCGUAUAAUAGACAUCAUGUAUCUGUUGCGCACCAAACCGGAGUAUUCACCAGGCAACAUCCUCAUAAUUUUGCCCACCUACUACCACAUUGUUAAGCUGAACUAUAUGCUACUGAGUCACUAUCUGACUGGCAACCUGCCGGAGCUCUCCAUUUUCACGCUGCACGAGAACAUGAGGAGGGAGUACAUCGAUGCCUUGGUCAAUGCUCGCGAGGACACCGUGAAGGUGGUCCUAACCACCGAUAUUAUCGAAUCGCUCUGUCUUAAGGUGUCCUUCAAGUACGAAAUAGACACUGCCUGCAGUCUCAACCAAAUCUACGAUAGCAGCACCUACACCGGGGACGAUCGAUACGAAUGGGUGGCCAAGGAUUGCCUUCUGCGCAGGGAAUCGAUUCUCGAUCUCGAAGCUGCCGAUGCGCAAUGCUUCCGUUUGAUAUCCAAAGAGGCUUUCGAAGAGCUGGGGGAGAAGAGUCAGCCGCGCCUGCAAACUAUGCAGCUGGACAAGAUCUGCUUGAUGGUUAAGUUGCUCUCGCCCAACAUGAUUAUAAGUGAAUAUCUGGGCCUCACCAUCUCACCACCGCCGCUGAUCAACGUGCACCAGGCGGUGCAGUUUCUGAAGAAAAUAGACGUGCUGGACGAGGCUGAGGAUGUGACCUGGCUGGGCUGCCGACUGCAGGACAUCCCUGUGCCUUGCCAACUCGGCCGCAUACUGAUCUUUGGCAUUCUGCUGCAAUGCCUCGAUCCAAUACUCACCAUCGUAAGCUCGCUGACCACGGCGGAUCCGCUGGCCAUUCCGUUCAACGAGGACAUCGAUCACCUGUGGGACAGAUUCACCAUUUACAUCCAGAAACGCAUCAAGAACGAGCGGGCACGCCUGGCGGACAAUCAGUUGUCCGAUCACUUCAUCUUCGUGCGCUUGUUCCAGGAAUGGCAAAACCGACUGCACGACAAGAUAGCUCGGCUAUAUCUCACGGAUGAAUACGACUUUGUGCUAAACGGGCUGAUGGAACAGCUCAGCUACACGCGCUCCAACCUUGUCAGCUCCCUGCGGGCCUCCAAUUUGGUCCACAGUCGCGGGAAGCUGAGCUUGCAUAAUCUCAACCAGAUGUCCGGUAAUUGGCACGUAGUAAAGGCGGCCCUGACGGGCGGCAUGUAUCCCAAUAUUUGUGCCGUGGACACUGGUAAAAACUGCUUGAAAUCGGCCUUUUCCGGGAAUGUUUACCUGCAUCCCAACACUGUGCUCCGUGACUUUUUGGAGCCAUUCAACACUUCGGCUCUGAACUUUCGCACACCUUGGAUUGUGUGCACCAAGCAGAAGAACCAUAUCAUAUACGCCACCAUGGUUGUUCCCUUGGCGGUGGCUUUGUUUGCCGGACCUCCCCGCCUUCGGGUUUCUCAAAUAUGCAACACCCAAGCGACUUCCGCCGAUGGCAUCGUUAAUCUCUUCAUAGACGAGUGGAUCUGGAUGGUUAUGUCCAACACUUCGGCGGAGAUGAUCAUGCGAACGCGUCAGUACUUCUUCAAAAUGUAUCACGAAUUGCUGAAGAACUGUAGUGACCAGGACUUGUGGCGCACCAACACCUUGACGGGUUCACAUAACGCCGAAAUGGCUGAAACCCUAGCGCAGAUUUUCGAGAACGAGGAGUCUUUCGUCGGCUUCCCCAAGCCGCCGCCCACAAACUAUCUGGCACAUAGCAAGAUACCGGCCUUGUAUCUUCUGAAAGUGAAUGGGCAGUUCAGUUGGCUCCGUGAAAUGGAUGAGAAUCGGGCGUUGUUCCAAAAGGCCAAACAAUUCAAUUCACAUUUCGUGGAGAGGCAAUUUUUCCUGCUCUUCUCGGAUGGCGAAUGCGAGGAGUUCUACACCAAAAGCACAGCAGCCUAUAUUGAAAGUGUGCUGGGGAAGUUUGCCAGGCCCAUCGAGUCACCCAACAGACAUAUCUUUGUGGUUCUCUACAGGAAGGAUCCAGCGGUAAUGCUCAGCGUUAGUCGAGCCAAAACUAUUAAUGGUGAAUUUACGCUGAAGGAAUACUUCCGGAACUCCAUUCCAGUGCAUGAGAUUUUAGAGGCUUGUAUAUCGUUAAAUGUCAACGUGCCAAUAUUCGAUGGUCGCCUAAUGUCUUGUCUGAUUGACAAACGUGUGGGAAACUUAAUCAUGGAUCUGUUCGCAUUCCGACAUCAUUGGAUUCACAAGCGAUAAACCAGGGUUUUUGGUUAAUUUUUUAUUGUGCGCUCACAGACAGAACCAAAAUUAGUAUGUAUUUGUGUGUAUAAGCAUUACUGCUGAAUGAUUUUGCUUGUCAGUAAAUAAUAUUUUGUAUUGUUUAUAUGGUUUAUUUUACGAAAGAUUUUGAAUAUUUUUAUUUGUAGUAAAAAAUAAGCAUGUAUACUAAGCAUUGUAAAAGCACAACGUUGCUGUAAUAUUGUGUUUAU